AUGGCGGAACGAACUUGUGUAGUUGUUGGAGCUGGUGUAGUUGGUCUAGCUAUCACUCGAGCUCUUGCGAGGUGUGCUGCUCUUGAGGUCAUAUGUAUUGAUAAGCAUUCCCGUUUCGGUGAGGAGACCAGUAGCCGUAACAGCGAGGUACUCCAUCAAGGUAUUUACUACAAGAAGGAUUCUCUUAAAGCUAAGACCUGUGUCCGAGGCGCACGGCUGAUGCAGAAAUUCAUUGAUCUGCACAACAUCACUGUUCUCCCGUGCGGUGCUUAUAUCGUGGCGCGUGACAAAGGCCAGCUUGGUGAGCUCCUUCAUAAAGCACAGACUAAUGGAGCAAGGAAUGUUGAUUGGGCACCAUCCCUACCUGAAGGGGUCCCCUCCGAAUUCUCUGCAUUGUGGAGUCCUAACACCUCUAUUUUCGACUCCCAUGGUGUUAUGGAGGCUCUUAGAGCCGACGCUGAGGGCCAUGGUGCGAUGAUUGCUACUGAUAAUAAAGUUACUGAGGCAGCUUCCAGCGGUGAGCCUCCAUUCACAUUAGAAUUGAACAAUGGUGAGGAUACCAUGCCCUGCGAUAUCCUCAUCAACGCUGCUGGUCUGCAUGCUACCCAUUUUUCUAAGCUUUGGCUCAAGGAAAGCGACACAGUCCACAUUCCCAUUACUAGGCAAGCCGUAUUCGUGAGAGGUAACUACUUUAAGCUGAAGAGUGGCGUGAAGUUCCCCUUCAAGAGCCUUGUAUACCCGCAACCUACAGCAACUGGUUUGGGCACUCACUGUACACUCAGUCUCGAUGGAAAAGCAUUGAAAUUUGGUCCCAACGGUCAGUGGCUACCCGAUGAUGUCGAUUUAGAUGAUUUCAAAACUUAUCAAGUUGACCCUAAGAUGGCUCCCGAGUUUUAUGACAGCAUUCGAGACUACUGGCCCGACCUUCCUGACGAUUCUCUCGAGGCCGAUUACUCGGGCAUUCGGCCAAAAAUCGACGAAGGCGAUUUCGUUAUCGAUGAUCAUGGUUACACUGGCAAACAUCUGUCACUAUACGGGAUAGAGUCGCCCGGUUUGACAGCAGCAUUAGCUUUAGCCGAGGAGGUUCUGGAUAAGCUGGGAAUGAAGACAGAAGAGCCUUUGCCCGAGACUGUCGAGUGA